GCAGGCACUCACACAGACACGCACACCCACAUAAGAAGCAGAGCAGCAGCAAGAGGGCAGAAGAAAAAAACGCAAACAAAAUUCUUUGAAAAGCUCAUUUUAAGCAAGUUCCCAAGCAUAAGAGAGCGAGAGCUAGUGAGAGAGAGAGAACUGCACGAUGACCGAUUCAAAGUAUUUUACGACCACCAAAAAGGGCGAAAUCUUCGAGCUCAAAUCGGAGCUGAACAAUGACAAAAAGGAGAAGAAGAAGGAGGCCGUCAAGAAGGUGAUAGCCAGCAUGACCGUUGGCAAGGAUGUCUCUGCCCUGUUUCCGGACGUUGUAAAUUGCAUGCAAACGGAUAAUCUUGAGCUGAAGAAACUCGUUUAUUUGUAUUUGAUGAACUAUGCCAAAUCGCAACCAGAUAUGGCGAUAAUGGCAGUGAAUACAUUUGUCAAGGAUUGUGAGGACUCGAAUCCCUUGAUUCGUGCGCUGGCCGUAAGAACUAUGGGUUGCAUACGCGUGGAUAAGAUCACGGAAUAUCUAUGCGAACCAUUGCGCAAGUGCCUGAAGGACGAGGAUCCCUAUGUACGUAAAACAGCAGCCGUUUGUGUUGCCAAACUGUAUGACAUCUCGGCAACAAUGGUGGAGGAUCAGGGCUUUCUGGAUCAGUUGAAGGAUCUGUUGUCCGACUCGAAUCCCAUGGUGGUGGCCAAUGCAGUGGCAGCGCUAAGCGAAAUCAACGAGGCCAGUCAGUCGGGCCAACCGCUCGUCGAGAUGAAUUCGGUGACAAUUAAUAAACUAUUGACGGCACUCAAUGAGUGCACCGAAUGGGGACAGGUCUUCAUCUUGGACUCGCUGGCCAACUAUAGUCCCAAGGAUGAGCGAGAGGCGCAAUCGAUCUGCGAGAGAAUUACACCACGCUUGGCCCAUGCCAAUGCCGCUGUUGUGCUCAGCGCUGUCAAGGUGCUCAUGAAACUGCUGGAGAUGCUGUCGAGUGAUAGCGAUUUCUGCGCCACGCUGACCAAGAAAUUGGCUCCACCUCUGGUUACGCUGCUCUCCUCAGAGCCGGAGGUGCAAUAUGUUGCACUGCGCAACAUCAAUUUGAUCGUGCAGAAGCGUCCGGACAUCCUUAAGCAUGAGAUGAAGGUGUUCUUCGUGAAGUAUAACGAUCCCAUCUAUGUGAAGCUGGAGAAACUGGAUAUUAUGAUACGUUUGGCCAAUCAGAGCAACAUCGCCCAGGUCCUGAGUGAGCUGAAGGAGUAUGCCACCGAGGUGGAUGUGGACUUUGUACGCAAAGCUGUGCGUGCGAUAGGACGUUGCGCCAUCAAGGUGGAACCAUCCGCCGAGCGUUGUGUAUCCACUCUGCUGGACCUCAUUCAGACCAAGGUCAACUAUGUUGUUCAGGAGGCCAUUGUCGUUAUCAAGGACAUCUUCCGCAAGUAUCCCAAUAAGUAUGAGAGUAUCAUUAGUACACUGUGCGAGAAUCUGGAUACUUUGGAUGAGCCAGAGGCGCGCGCCUCGAUGGUCUGGAUUAUUGGCGAAUAUGCCGAGCGCAUUGACAAUGCGGACGAGCUGCUCGAUAGCUUCCUGGAGGGUUUCCAGGAUGAGAAUGCUCAGGUGCAGCUGCAAUUGCUAACAGCUGUAGUGAAACUGUUUCUCAAACGCCCAUCGGACACCCAGGAGCUGGUGCAGCAUGUCCUCUCGCUUGCCACCCAGGAUUCCGAUAACCCAGAUUUGCGUGAUCGCGGCUUUAUCUACUGGCGUCUGCUCUCCACCGAUCCGGCUGCCGCUAAGGAGGUGGUGCUCGCCGACAAGCCGCUCAUCUCGGAGGAAACGGAUCUGCUCGAGCCGACGCUGCUCGACGAGCUCAUCUGUCACAUUAGCUCGCUGGCCAGUGUCUAUCACAAGCCACCAACAGCAUUUGUGGAAGGUCGCGGCGCUGGCGUACGCAAAUCUCUGCCAAACCGUGCCGCGGGCUCUGGCAAUGCGAAUGCUGACCAGUCGGGCGAACCUGGCCAAGGAUCCGAGUCUAUGGUCAUACCUAAUCAAGAAUCGCUCAUUGGUGAUCUGCUCUCCAUGGAUAUCAAUGCGCCUGCCAUGCCCGCAGCACCGGCCUCGACAACCAGCAAUGUGGAUCUGCUCGGUGGUGGACUGGACAUACUACUGGGUGGUCCGCCGGCACCUGUAGACUCAGUUGCUCCAGCUGGCGGUGCCAGCAGCCUGCUGGGUGACAUCUUCGGCCUGGCUGGCACCUCACUGUCGGUGGGCGUGCAGAUACCCAAGGUCACCUGGCUGCCAGCCGAAAAGGGCAAAGGCCUAGAGAUCCAGGGCACCUUCUCGCGACGCAAUGGCGAAAUCUACAUGGACAUGACCCUCACCAACAAAGCAAUGCAGCCGAUGACGAACUUUGCCAUUCAGCUGAACAAGAACAGCUUUGGCUUGGUGCCCGCCUCGCCCCUGCAGGCACCACCCCUGCCACCCAAUCAGUCCACGGAAGUCAGCUUGGCGUUGGCCACCAGCGGACCGAUUCAGCGCAUGGAACCAUUGAACAACCUUCAGGUGGCCGUUAAAAACAACAUCGAUAUCUUCUAUUUCGCCUGCUUGGUGCACGGCAACGUGCUGUUCGCCGAGGACGGGCAGCUGGAUAAGCGUGUGUUCCUGAACACGUGGAAGGAGAUACCCGCUGCCAAUGAGCUGCAAUACAGCCUGAGCGGUGUCAUUGGCACCACCGAUGGCAUCGCCUCCAAGAUGACCACCAACAACAUCUUCACCAUUGCCAAGCGUAAUGUCGAGGGUCAGGAUAUGCUCUAUCAAUCCUUGAAGCUGACGAACAACAUUUGGGUCCUGCUCGAGCUGAAACUUCAGCCGGGCAAUCCGGACGCAACGCUCAGUCUCAAAUCUCGCUCCGUGGAGGUGGCCAACAUUAUCUUCGCUGCCUACGAGGCCAUUAUACGGUCACCCUAAACAAAUCGAACACCAACAACAUUUAUGAAAUUACAAAUAAUCUAUUAGUGUUAUAUGUCUCGAUAUAUAACUGAAAUAUCU